AAUUUGUUUGUUUACCUUCAACGGUUCAAUUCCCUCUCCUCCCAUCUCGCGGGAAAAUUCCGAUUGGAAAACCAUUGACACAAAAACCACACACAAAACUCCCGCCCACUCGCUCCACACAGCGCCCGAGACGUAAACAUAAACACCACGCGAUGCCGCCAAAGCGCCUGGUUUCAGUCCUCUCACAGGCGUACGAGGCGACCAUAAACUAUUCCGAUGGUAAGAAGGAGGUUGGUGAAGGCUCCAGUAGAAGGUUAAGCGCUGCACGGUUGACGGCGUCGUUGCUAGCACUUGGGUUGGAUAAGUUGGACAGCGGCGGUGAAAGCACUGAUGAUUCCGAUGGAUACUGGUUGGAUGACUGGGAGGCGGAGGAGGGUGGCGAGCUCCCCAGAGAUGAUGAUGGUGGUGACGAUGACGAUCGCGCGCUUGACGAUAUCGACAACGAUGAGGAUCAACGUGAAGUGCUCUCCAGACAGGAUCGGAGACGCCAAAAGCAUUUCACGGAUAUAAUCCUCUCCAAAGUGAUCGAGCGUGGGUUGCCUAAGGACGUGCCGAGUAAGAAUGACCUAACACAGAGGCUUGGAGACCCAAUAAGACAGCACACGGACUCGUUGUCGAUGACUAAACUGGUUAAGAAUAUACGCAAGCUAACAGACAGGUUGGGCGGGUUGUUCCAGCUACAGUACUCUACGAUCAGAAUAUUCCACUGGACAUAUCCUUCAAGGUCGCUACUAGCGAUUACCAUCUACACGCUCGUUGUGUUACAUCCAAACGUGAUUUUCAUACUGCCGUUGUGCUAUGUGCUGUUUGGAAUAAUGAUCCCUGGCUAUCUAUACAGACAUCCAUUGCACAGGAACAAUCUUCACAAGUUGAGCGAGAGAGGUGAUUCGCUCUUCAACAAAUUCGCCAGCGUUAAUGAUGAUAAACAACUUUCAAGAAUACUGGACGACUCUGAUGAAGAACAGGAAGUACCUGAGUUGAAAGAGAACAACAGUAGAACAACGAGGAAAAAUAUGGAAUUUUUCGUAAACCUACGGGAUCUACAGAAUAACUUGUCAAAAUUGGUUGCUGUCUUUGACAAGAUUGAGAGAUUUUGGUAUGGUACCGCUGGAUUCAAAGAUGAGCGAGUCUCAACUUCUCUGUUCUUCACCUUGGCAACUGCAAUUGCAUCUUUGAUAUUGGUUGGCCCUUAUAUCCCCUGGAGAUUUCUACUCAUUCUCAUAGGUUGGGUCCUCAUGAUUGCAAUUCAUCCAAAGGUGAAGCCUCUUAUAAAGCAAUUAAAGCUUUUGUUACAACCAAAGAAACAGGAAUUGGAUAAAUUGGUUAAGGAAUCCGAAAGAAAGGACAUUGUGAUUGAUGAAGAACCAGAGAUUAGACAAGUUGAGGUGUUUGAGAUUUGGCAAAAGAGCUUCACGUCAAACGAAUGGGAGUUUUACAUCUUUUCAAGUCAUGUUUUCCACCUUGAGGAUGAGUUCAGGAAAUCCAAGAACCCACCACCUGGCGUAUUGGUCAUUAAUGAUGUUCACCCUCCAAAGAGUUGGAAAUUUGAUCCAGAUGAUUCUUGGAAUAUUGACUACGAUUGUAAAGAGUGGUGUGUUUCAAAAGGUAUAGAAUUGUCUCCAUUACAAAAAGUCGAUAAGAACAACGAGUUCUUAAUUGAUAAACAGUUCAAGAGAAGGCGUUUGUUCCGAGAUGUGAAGAGAUAUUCAAGACCAUCUAAGAAACCUCCUAGAUUGCUCUGAGUCUUAGCACAUAGAUGAGGGGAGAGCAACAGUCGAUACCUGUUUGGUUAUUCUGAAAUCAAAAGUUGGUCAUCCACAUGCAUA